AUAGGAAUCCAAAGAUUAAGAAAAAAGAGUAUGCUAAUUAAUUAGGGAUCAUAUAUACUGUUUUAAUCAAGAAAAUUUCCAGAUUUCUGGAUUAGAGGCCAACCUUAAGGGGAUUAGUACUAAACCGCCCAUCUUUACCUAUCUAAACACAGCCUGCCGGAGGAGUCGAAGAACUACAAAACCCUAAACCUUGACUACUACUCCUCUUCCUUCCAGAAUCAUGGAUUCUUCUCCUCCCUCGCAUGCCAGAUCCGAUCAAGAUUCGCUACCGACCGCCUCCGCAGCUCCGGACCAGACGAUCGCGGACGGGGGAACAACGGUGGCGGCGGACGACGGAGGAGAGGAGAAGAAGGGAGAAGCGAAUGGAGGAAGCGAAGUAGAGGAGGAGGAGGAGGAGGAGGAGGGGGAGUGCGGUUUCUGCCUCUUCAUGAAGCGCGGCGGGUGCAAGGACGCCUUUGUCGCGUGGGAGAAGUGUAUGCAGGCGGCCGAGAAGCGCGACGAGGACAUCGUCGACAAAUGCUCCGAGGCCGCGGCCCUCCUCAAGAGGUGCAUGGACACCCACCCCGACUAUUAUGAGCCCAUCCUCCGAGCCGAGCAAGCUCUGGCCGACGCUGCUGCUGCCGCGGCCGCCAGUGAUCGUGACUCGGAGGAUGAGAAGAAGAAAGGGAAGCAUUCGUGAAUCCCUAUGCCUCUUCUUAUUCUUUUUUACCUGAUGUCUUGGGUUUCCCCACGUCUUCUGGUUUGACAUUGGAUUCGUGGAUGGAUGGAUCGAUGAGUUCCUUUUAACAUAGCUCUUCUUUUAGUUAUCGAAUCGUGAAAUUAAUCCACUUUGGUAGGCGCCAUGUUUGGGGAACCUAAAGCGAUACAUUCUUCCUUUGUAGAACUAGAAAAUUUUGAAAUCAUGCACAAAUUUUGGUUCUUGUUUGAGUUAUGUCUUCCGGUUCGCAUAGCUAUGAUCUACCCUUUUAGUGAUUAAUUGAUUACAUGAUGCAAACCCUUAGGACAUGAUAUCUGCAAUUAUAUUAUAGAUUGUGAAUCUUUAUCUGAAAUAUUACCAUGGUAUGGUAAAUCGAACAAUUUGUUGGAAUUGUAGUGAGUUCACAAACAUUUUCUCUUAUACACAGCAUAAUAUCACAAAAAUGAUUGAAAGGAAGCAAAUGCUUAGAACCCAAAAUUUAUGUCUUAUAAGAGCUAUCUCUGCCUUUGGGCGUCGAGAGAGAUUGUCAGGGUUGAAAGUUUCUAAUGACUUUUAUAUUUAGUGUUUUGUGCCACUAAUUUGUCAGAAUUAAAUGAGAUUUGUUGAUGGUGAGAUUAGAUGCCAGCAUUAUUUGAAGUAAACUGCAUCUUAUACUCUGCAACCAUGAAAAUUAUCGCUGUAUCAAACUUGUUUUCCUUGUAGUUCAUUAAUGUUCUUUUUGAAACUAUUCCUGCUAUAUGAUCAGCAAUAUGAUCUAGUCAGUUUCUAAGUGAUUUUUCUAAGUUUUACAUAGAAUCUGUUGAACUCGUAUGUUAUUGAUGGCUAUUUCAUCUGUUCAAUUUCUUCUAAUUUACUGAUGGCCAUUUCUUAUCUCAUUAAGAAGUUUCAAAAUGGAAUUUCUGUUAACUUUUAGCACAUUAGAUGAAUGAUAUCCACAAUUCUGGGAUAAUUUUCUAUAUAGUUCAUCGUUUUUCUAAUUGGUGCUGGAGAUUCUCGAGAAAAUUUAUAAAAUAGAAUUCAACAGUGUGCGUGUUGUAUCAAACUUUAGGAGUAAUGAUUCCUUUGUGGAAUCUAAUCUUAGCUAAUCCACCAUGAACCUCUGCCUCUCUGAUGCGACACUUCUACUGUGUGUUGGUGUCAUUCUUUUCAUGUUCUAAUUGAACCGAUCACAUUGUCUUGCCUGCUUUAAUACAGGAAUUGAUAAAAAAUGCUUGUUCAUGUUACCUAUUUCUACCUCGUCUCGAUCAGGAAGGAUAUUAGGUUGAUAAGAGUGUAGAAGAGCCAAAUACGAAUAAAUGUUUAAUCUUUAAGAGUCUCUCAACUUGUGGAUAAUUGUUGAAUCACACGAUACUGUAUUCCCUUAUGUAUUACUAAAACAGAGUAUGCCUAACUCACAAUAUUUAGGUUACCAUUCCUAGCGAUUCAUUUGAAGUUGCAUUCUUCUUUAUGUGCAUGUGCUAAAAACAUGAACACUAAGGAUUUUGUUGGGAUCACAUAUGUGACAACCAACAAAUUGGAUUCGAGACCCCCAAGUCUCACCUUUGCCAUAUGCGAUGAUGUCUGAAUAAAACUCACACUAUAGUUAUCUUUAACAGAAUAUCUGAUCAGAUCAUGAUGUUCCGAUUAGUAAUGUUGAUGAGUGUUAUUGGCAGAUUUUUAUUUGCUUUUAUACCUGAUGUUCAAUGUCAAAUAUGCAAUUCACUCGUCUAAACAGGUAGAAACUUUGGGAGAACAUGUUCUGUAGGCAACCAGCUAGUGAAUGCGAGGCUGAUGGCAAAAGUCUUACUCGGUACAUGUAUUCUUAUUUUUCUCAUCUCCAUCAAACGCAAUUGUCAUGGUUCAUAUUUUAUUAACUUUGUUAGUGUCCUAUAUUUUUUUUAGCCAAAUAGAAGCUCAAACUUGCUAAGCUUCCAUGUUUCCGAUGCAAAUGAAUGUAAGCAUGCCUCAUAUCUUUUUGGUGAUCACUCCAAAUAAUAAUUUGCCAAGUUUACAUGAUAAACAGUCAAGUCAGUUCGGUUUCAAUUCUAACCAAGUUUAAUUUUGAUUCGAAUUGAACCGUGAUCCGGGCUAGCUACGAGAAGGCAUGGCUUCAAGAAGUAUUGCCUUUUCCUUUUAUGUUCUUGAAGCAAACAAAAGGGGCAGCAGCUCAAGCAUCCGUUUUAGCUCUUAUUCAAGUACAUUGAAUCGAGAAAGUAAGGAACACUACAUCAAACUUAAGCUUCUUCAUCUUGUACUAAUGGUUUGGAGUUUCCUCAGUGUAUCAACACUUCACUUCACAGUGGGCGUCGUUGCAAAGGACCCAGACCUGAUCUUUCUCCUUGAGCUCUGGAUAAACUCUGCGGCCUUGUUGUUGAUGGUCUUCGUCCUCGUCACCGCUGCAGUCGGUGGCGCUGGCUGCGGUUCAGCCACUGCUGCCGGUGGUGCUGGCAUGGGCACUGCUUUCUCUGGAGCUCUUGGCACUGUUGUACUCCCAGGUUUGUAGGUAGUGGCAAGGGGAGGAGGUGGAACUGGAAGAGGUAUAGGCUUAUCUGUCGUUGGAGGUGGUGGGUCAACCUUCUGAAGCUGUUCUUUCGCCGUUGCUGCUCGCACAGGCUUUGCUGACGGAGGCAGGGUGAUGGCAUCGGGUUCUGGUAGUUUAGCUGGUUUUGGCUUCGUUGCAGUAGCAGGACUGUGAUCGGUCUUGUGGCCGUUCAUGCCGAAGUCGGAGUGGUCAGCGGUGGCGGGUUGCUUGUGGAAAGUUAGGCGACGGAUGGGCCGAAAUGCUGCGUUGAAGCAGAGGGCAUUGAAGAGCCUUUCGCACACGCCCAACGGCUUGGAGUCUGCUGCAUCCUUUGCCAUUGGAGAGUUGGUAUGCCGAAGACUGGAGGUUUUGGGUGAGCGAGCGAGUUUUAAUAAGCCCUUGAUGACCCUUUUGAGAGAGAGAGAGAGAGAGAGAGAGAGAGAGAGAGAAUAUAGUAAUGCAUGGUGUGCCGGUGAGGUAUAUGCUGGAAGAGAGAGAGAGAGAGAGGGAUGGCGUAGAAACGAAGUGGGAACGAAAGCGUAUCGCUUUGCUUUCUUUUGUGAGAUGCCAAGAAAUUUUUGCUCUGUUUCCUGCGAUGGAAUCGUGUUCUGUUGCCUCA